GUUCUGUCGAUCGGGGACCAUGUCGGUGAGGGUGGCGCUGGUGGUGGCCGCCAGUAUGCUGGUAGUGGUACAGGCGUCGCAAGAUGUCAUGAAGAACUUGGCCAUCAAUUUCGCGAAACCUUUGGAUGACUGUAAGAAGGAGAUGGACCUGCCAGACUCGGUGACGACCGACUUCUACAACUUCUGGAAGGAAGGAUACGAGCUGACGAACAGACAGACCGGCUGUGCUAUCCUGUGUCUCUCUUCGAAGUUGGAGAUUCUUGACCAAGAACUGAACCUGCAUCACGGCAGGGCGCAGGAGUUUGCUAUGAAACACGGCGCUGACGAGACCAUGGCGAAGCAGAUAGUGGACAUGAUCCACACUUGUGCGCAGUCUACUCCCGACGUAGCGGCGGACCCUUGCAUGAAGACCCUGAAUGUAGCCAAGUGCUUCAAGUUGAAGAUACACGAGCUCAACUGGGCGCCCAGCAUGGAGCUCAUCGUGGGAGAAGUGCUGGCUGAAGUGUAACUUGAAUCACUCAAGACCUUUAAGCUGGCCUUCAUUAUGUGAGGUCUUCAUAAACAUAUCUUUGACGUCUCGGCUCGUUGAACGGACCCCAGAUUAGGUUAGGUUGGUCGUGAAGCAUCUCCUGGCUCGCCAGUUCGCCUCAGAGGGUGUGGGUAGUAGUAGGCUGCAGCAAGAUGUCAAAUAUUGUUCAAUAUACUGUACAUCA